AUGGCGAUCAAGCACAACCAGAAGCUCAUUAACAACCAUUUCCGCAAGGAUUGGCAGCGUCGGGUUCGCACCCACUUCGACCAGGCCGGUAAGAAGAAGUCAAGACGCACUGCUCGUCAGGCCAAGGCUGCCGCCGUCGCUCCCCGCCCUCUCGACAAGCUCCGACCUGUUGUGCGAUGCCCUACCAUUAGGUACAACCGCCGGGUCCGUGCUGGCCGCGGUUUCACCCUCGCCGAGCUCAAGGAGGCUGGCAUCCCCAAGCGAUUCGCCCCCACCGUCGGCAUCUCCGUCGACUCCCGCCGCCAGAACCUCAGCGAGGAGUCCCUCAAGGUCAACGUCGAGCGCCUCAAGGCCUACAAGGAGCGCCUGAUUGUCUUCCCCCGCAAGUCCAACAACCCCAAGAAGGGCGACACCAAGGCCAACCCCCGCGAGCUCGAGAAGGUCACCCUGAUCUCCUCCGCUCUGCCCCUCCCCGCCGCCGCUGGCUUCUCUGAGAUCAAGAAGAGCGACCUCCCCGCCCCCGUCGAGGGUGGUGCCUACAGGGCCCUCCGCAUGGCCCGCGCCAACAAGCGUGCACAGGGUCCUCGGGAGAAGCGCGAGAGGGAGAAGGCCGAGGCUGAGACUGCCAAGAAAUAA